AUGAGUGGAGAAGCUAAAAAAAGUUUAUUUGUUUCCUCAGAACACCCUCACGUUCGGUAUAAUCCGUUGGUCGGACAAUGGGUUUUAGUUUCACCUAAUCGUUUUAAACGACCUUGGCUAGGACAAAUAGAAAAUUACGCCGAAGAACCUGUGCCUGAAUUCGACCCCGAAAACCCAUUAUGCCCUGGAGUUAAACGUGGAAAUGGGGAGGUGAAUCCACAAUAUACAGGGUGUUUUGUUUUUAAUAAUGAUUACCCUGCAUUAAUGGAACGCCCUAGAGAAAUGGAAAUAAGUAAUGAUCCUCUUUUUCAAAUUAGACCUGCAACUGGAGUAUGCAGAGUCAUGUGUUUUCACCCUAAGUCAAAUCUUUCAAUGGGUCAAUUUAAUAUUAAAGAAAUAAUGAAAAUAAUAGAAAUUUGGAUUCAGCAAACUGAAGAAUUAGGUAGAAAAUAUGUUUGGGUCCAAAUCUUUGAAAAUAGAGGAGUAAUAAUGGGUUGUUCGAAUCCUCAUCCUCAUUGUCAAAUUUGGGCAUCUGCCUUUUUGCCCAACGAACCCAGGCUAAAGGAUUUUUUUCAACUAGAAUAUUACAAACAAUAUGGAAAGCCUUUAUUACUUGAUUAUGUUGAAAGGGAGCUUGAAAAAAAAGAAAGAAUAGUUCUUGAAAAUGAUUCUUGGGUAGCUCUUGUGCCAUUUUGGGCAUUGUGGCCAUAUGAAACAAUGAUCAUUCCAAAAACUCACAUAAAACGAUUUACCGAUUUAGAUGUUGAAAAUCCAAAAACAAAAUCAUUAGCCAUGAUAAUAAAAAAUUUAGUGUCAACCUAUGAUAACUUGUUUAAAUGCACAUUUCCUUAUUCAAUGGGAUGGCAUGGAGCACCAACUGGAAAAAGAAAUAUAAUGGAUUCAACACAUUGGGUUUUUCACGGCGUUUAUUAUCCUCCACUACUAAGAUCUGCAACAAUAAAAAAAUUUUUUGUCGGAUAUGAGAUGUUGGCACAAGGUCAAAGAGAUAUAACACCAGAAAUGGCAGCUGCUAGACUUAGAGCGGCUAUAGAAAGUACAUCCACAACAAAUAGCAGUAAUAAAUGA